AUUAUCACUUGAAGGUCAUACGUACAAUCCAAAUGUUAACAUGAGCCUCUCCCAGGGACCAAUCCCUCAUCCUCACAACCGCAACAGGCCCGCCCAGAAUUCAAAAAUUCGGCCCCCAACGCCUUUCGGGAAGACAAAGGCCGAGGAUUGGAACCGAGUCAGAAGAGCUGCAGUAGCGUCACACAAUUUCUCACAUAGCACACGCUAUGACACAUUCUAGUCCCCUUUUGGUGAGCGCGCGGCACCGUAACCUGCGGCACAGCAAGGCUGGGUUUCUGCGACGGGGUAUUUUAUCUGCGCGCUUCUGCCCCGGGAAGCGAGUGGGUGAGAUGUGAGCUCGGAUUUCAGAUUCCAGAGUGAGCUAGAUACUCGAUUUGCUGCGCUCAUGAUGGGUCUUUGUAUCUUUUUCUUGCUUGCGGGGCAGUUGCUCGGCGCAGGUUCUGCUUCGGCUUCUGCUUCUGCUGUCGGGGAUCCCCCGUUGCGGACUGUGCGUGCAGCAGAUGAUACGGCUGUCGCUGUUAAACGCGCGCUGAAUUCUGCGGCGGGAACGACCUAUACACUCAAUCAGACCCAUCUAACAAAGAGCUGGGCCGAUGCGACGCUGUUCUCGCUUGGAAUUGGCACCAGCUCAUCGACAACAAACAACUCCACGGGAACCGAACAAUCCCUCGACCUCGAAGGGGCCCUGACAGUCACCUGCACCGCAUGCUACAUCAACGGCUCCGUGACGGGGACGGUCAACAUCACGAACGACUUCAAUGUGACCGACGCAGUCUCGAGCCUCAGCGAAGAGGUCUUGGACAUGACCUCCCUCGUCCUUGGGGAACUGUCCGACUUCGUAACCAACACAACCGACGUGGUGCUGGACGCAGUAACCGACUUUGAUUUCGACGGCAUUGACCUCCCGGCCUGGCCAACCCUCAAUCUGGAAUUCAAUCUCAACGACACAGAGGGGCUCCCCGACGUCCAUGCGCAGUUCGAGUUUACGGAUCUCGAGCUGUACCUCGAGCUCGACGUGGUCUUGUCUGCGGGCGCAACGUACACGCUCAAUCUCUUCACGUCGCAGAGUGUAGCCGGGAUCAAGAUUCCGGGGCUCGAGGCCGGUGCGCUGUUCAAGGUUGACCUGGUGCUUAUCGCCGAGGCCGAGAUUGACAUCUCUUCGGGGUUCCAUGUGAAACUUGAUCAGGGCCUCGUGCUCGAUUUUGCGCUUUUUGAUGAAGAUGUCGGGGGGGUUACGCUCCCCGGCGGCCUCCUCGAAUUCCUUCCGGUAACAAUAACCGGCGCCGGCAGCCUCCGCGCCCUGCUCCAAAUCACCGCAAGCAUCGGCUUUGAGCUCGCGACGCUCGACAACAUCCCGGGGAUCGACUUCAGCACAGGUGUUAGCGCGGAGGUCUUUGCGUACGUCGCGGACCUGCAUCUCAGCGUGGAUGCGACCACAGAUGACGAGGCGGAGUGUGCGCUCGAGGCUGUUGCCGCGUAUACGCUUGCCGUGGGCGCUGCGGCGGGCGCGACGGUUGCUGUGGAUACGUAUAAUUGGGGCCCGGCGCCGACCACGACUGUGCCCGUCUGGUAUACGACGUUGGCGAGUGUUUGUGCGGUGGAGAAGAGCAGCACCACCAUCACUUCUGCUGCUUCGCCGAAUCCGUCGCACGGCCUCCUCGAAGAGCGCCAGAGAAACAACAACGAGACCCAUGAAGAAAUGACCACAACCACACUCACAAGCUCGACAAAAUACACGGUGGUCGGAUGCCGGCUGACCGGGCAGGCGAUCUGCCCGGCAUCGCUGCAGACGACGACAGCGACGGAGCGCACGAUGACGGCGGUGGUAACCGUUGAGUCGGGGGUUACGCCGAGCUUUCCGGAGAGGACGCAUAGUACGCUUUCCGGGGCGAUUCCGUUUGGAGCCAAUGUGCGCAAGCUCCCGGCGGUUAGUGGGCCGCCUGUUUCGUAUGUGCCGCCGAGGGAGACGGGGGAUGCGGGGGUGAGUGGGAACUCGAGCGGGGACGGGGACAUGGAUGAUGAUGAUGAUGGUGAUGGGAAUGAUGAGAAGUUGAUUAUUGGGCUGAGUGUGGGGUUGGGGUGUCCCAUGUUGAUUGGUGUGGCUGCUGGGGUGUGGUGGUUCGUCCAUCGUCGGAAGAAGUACGCCUCGGUCCCGCAGUCGCAGUCCGAGACAACCGUGUACUCGCCGUGGCAGGGGGGAGCAAAGAGCGCGCGCGCGACGGUUGCAGCUGCUGCCAACUAGCGCUCCACUGGUAUCGUUAUUCUUGUAGCAAGAUUACGUUCAGCAUGUUUUAUUUAAUGCUAUGAUUUGAUGAGUCUAUCCGGUAUUACUACUCGUAUGCAUCACCGAGACGUAUACCAUCAGAGGUGACCCGAGCUUGGGGCACAUCAAAAUGCUCAUCAUGUAGAGUACAUUCAGUCUGGCGUAGACAUGUUUCCAACGACCAUGCGCAUGGCGAGUGGAAUCAAUGGCUCGCGAAAUGGUACAGUUAGAUCAUCUUGAG